GUAAUUGGAAAUGAAGGUGAAAAGGAAUGUAAUAGCUCAACAAUGAACAUUUGUCAUACUUGAUAAUGUUGGCUGUCGCAUUUAUGAUGUUCCGCUAGAUGAAGAUGUGGAAGUUUAUCUGCUGAAAGGGUGCAACAUCGAUCGAAUCCAGAUGUCUCAUUCUUUUUGGAUACUAUUCGUUUCAGUUAUUACAUCCUUGACAUCGGUGCUCUCUGAUGGGAUACAGGAUAGCAGUGCAUUCUGCAAUAAGCCGCAACUCGAGAUUUGGAUCUCAUCGCUUCCUACUAAAGAACUUGUGAUUUACUGGAACUUUGCCAUAGAUUAUCCGGGUGGCUGGAUCGGAAUCUACUCUCAAGCACCUAUCAAAGACUCUUCCGAACAUCUAGUGUAUAAAAAAAUACCUUUGAAUGAGACAUCAGGGGCCGUAUUGACUGACGUCAAAUUGACGGGUGUUAUUUUAGAUACGGAUUUGAAGUUCGAUUCUCCAACGUAUCUCGGCUACAUGGCUGUGGCCUGGAAGAAGAAUAAUGGAAAGGAUCAAGCAAUAGUUGCUACUCAGUUACAAACUUACCCGCAAUGGAUGAAGCAUUAUUGGAAGUACAUCAAAGAUGUGCCAAUGAAUGAGAUAUUUCUACCAGGCACACACGACUCUUGCAGCUAUGAAGGCAUUAUGAACUCAUGCGAUGAAGACAAUAGCAGUAACCAGCUAUCAACUGACAUCACUUCGAAAGCAAAGUCAUUUUUCGACAGUACUUUGCGAUGGCUCAAAAAACUUCCUAUUAUUGAAGACUGGUCCAUAACUCAGAAUGAGAAUAUAAGAGAGCAAUUGAUAUCAGGCAUACGAUACCUUGAUGUACGUGUGAAGAAAGACUCGAAAGGCUACUGGACUACUCAUGGAUAUAUUACUAUGGAGAAGCUCGAUGUGAUUCUAGCACAGGUUGUUGAAUUUGUAUCGAAUACUGAGAAAGAGAUUGUGAUAAUUGAUAUCCAUCAGCUACAAUCUGGCAUUUCUAGCCAACAGGACCAUUAUGACUUUGUGAAUUACUUGAAGAGUAAAUUGACGGUGAAUGGCAGAGAGGUGUGGGUAAAUCCAAACGCUAUUGAAGGCAUUCUUUGGAGGGCAACUCCUGAGAAAAUAAUUGAAAAUGGAAAAAUCAUCAUCGCUUACCCAGAUAACGACUUCCGGGAUAACCAUGACUUGGAUAUCCUUUGGCCAAAAGUUCAUCAGUAUUGGGGCAACAAACAAAACAUUGAUGAUCUUCGAAAAUAUAUACUAGAAAACAUAAGUGAACGAAAAAA